AUGAAGACUCAGUGGAAGGACCUCCCUCCCGUCCCCAACUCGCAAGAGUUCCUGGACAUCGUCCUCUCCAGGACGCAGCGCCGGCUGCCGACCCAGAUCCGAUCCGGCUUCAAGAUCUCCAGAAUCCGUGGCUUCUACACCCGCAAGGUCAAGUUCACCCAGGAGACCGUCAGCGAGAAGCUCGGCCAGAUCAUCGAGUCGUUCCCCCGCUUGAACGACAUCCACCCCUUCCACAAGGACCUGAUCAACACCCUCUACGAUGCCGACCACUUCAAGAUUGCCCUCGGCCAGCUCUCGACGGCGAAGCACCUUAUCGAGACCAUCUCCAGAGAUUAUGUCCGUCUCCUCAAGUACGGCCAGUCGCUGUUCCAGUGCAAGCAGCUGAAGCGCGCCGCCCUUGGUCGCAUGGCCACCCUGAUCAAGCGCCUCAAAGAUCCCCUGGUGUACCUCGACCAGGUCCGACAGCAUCUUGGCCGUCUCCCCUCGAUCGACCCCAACACCAGAACCCUUCUCAUCACUGGAUUCCCCAACGUCGGAAAGUCUUCUUUCCUGCGCUCCGUCUCCAGAGCCGAUGUUGACGUCCAGCCGUAUGCCUUUACCACCAAGUCCCUCUUCUGCGGUCACUUUGACUACAAGUACCUCCGAUUCCAGUGCAUCGAUACCCCCGGUAUCCUGGACCACCCUCUCGAGGAGAUGAACACCAUCGAGAUGCAGUCCGUCACCGCGAUUGCCCAUUUGCGAUCCGCCAUUCUCUACUUCAUGGAUCUCAGUGAGCAGUGCGGCUACUCCAUCCAGGCCCAGAUCAACCUGUUCCAGAGCAUCAAGCCGCUCUUCCAGAACAAGAUCGUUUUCAUCGUCGUCAACAAGAUCGACGUUGUCAAGCCCGAGGACCUCGACGCCGAGACCCAGGAGAAGCUCCAGGGUCUCCUCAAGUCCGGCGAGGUCGAGAUGCUCCAGCUGUCCUGCAACACCCAGGAGGGUGUCCAGCAGGUCAAGAACACCGUCUGCGAGCGCCUUAUCGCCGAGCGCGUCUCCCAGAAGCUCAAUGCCGGCACCAACUCCAGCGGCGCCAUCGGUGGCCGUCUCGCCGACGUCAUGGCCCGUAUCCACGUCGCCCAGCCCAUGAACGGCCAGACCCGUGAGACCUUCAUCCCCGACGCCGUCAAGGGGCUCAAGAAGUACGACAAGGAGGACCCGGAGCGCCGCAAGCUCGCCAAGGACAUCGAGGUCGAGAACGGCGGUGCCGGCGUCUUUAGCGUCGACAUGCGCGCCGACUGGCUCCUCAAGAACCCCGAGUGGAAGUACGACAAGAUCCCCGAGGUUUUCAACGGCCAGAACGUCUACGACUUCGUCGACCCCGACAUCGACGCCAAGCUGCAGGCUCUCGAGGAGGAGGAGGAGCGUCUCGAGAAGGAGGGCUACUACGAGUCGGACGAGGACCUCGACGACGAGGAGGAGGCCGACAUCCUCAACAAGGCGGAGCUGAUCCGCGAGAAGCAGGCCCUCAUCCGCAACGAGGCCAAGAUGAAGAAGCGCCUCAAGAACCAGGCCAUCAUCCCCCGCAAGUCCAUGAAGGUGCCCCUUUCCCAGAUGGACGACGCCCUCGACCAGCUCGGUGUCGACACCACCGACAUUGUCAACCGCGCCCGCGCUCAGUCCCGCCCCCGCGGCCGCUCCAUGGGCAGAUCCCGCGCCGGCACCGAGGACGCGGACGCCAUGGACGUCGACGCGACCCCCAGAGAGCGCCUCCGCUCCCGCUCCCAGAGCAGGGCACGCAGCCAGGCCGCCACCGACAGGCGCAACGACGGUGUCACGGAUGAUGGUGCUCGUACCAAGGCUGAGCGUCUGGCUAAGCUCAGCCAGAAGAAGAUGAACAGGAACGCCAGACAGGGUGAGGCCGAUCGUCACACGACGGUUUCCCUCCAGAGGCACUUGGUCGCCGGCAAGCGUGGCAUGGGCAAGACGCAGAGACGUUAA